AUGGCUGCCAUGACCGAUGUCCAGGCUCAGUACGAGCGAGAUCUCCGGAGCGCACACCAGGACUACAAGAGGACCAAGGAUUCCCAGUCCAAGUGGUCCAACGGAGCUCGUCCGCUCGCAGGCUGCCGAUUAGACUGGGCCACCCUCGAAGCUAUUGGAGGCACUGAGCAACAGCGCGCCAAAACUCGUCCCAGAGGCAAGAACAGCGAGAUUUCCCACUUCAAGAAGAUGCAGAACAAUGUGAUGAAGGGGCGAUCGCACUGGGCGCCUCACCAGGGCCGUCUCAACUCGGCGCUGCAGGCCAAGGAGCAAAUCAAGGAUCCCCUCAGCCAAUCUCUCAUGGACCUUGCCCCUUCUCAGGGCGGCUGGAAGAACCUUGCUGCUUCAGAAGACUGGAAGUACAGUUUCGAUAAGGCGGAGAGCCCCAACCGCCCCCUGACGCUUGAUGUCUUCAUCAAGACCUCAGGCCGUGAGACGGAACGAAUGGUCGAGAAGGAGUAUGAGAUUCUCAGUGAGAACGGUCAAGUUCUGAAGGGUCGCAAAGCGCGUCAGAACCUCCGUCAGGAGCAUAUGUCCGCCGCGGAGGAUGAAGGCUUUCAGCUUGUUUGA